AUGGCUGAAGUAGCUAAAAUUGAAAAUACGAAAGAAAAUGAAGACUUGCUUAGCAAAGCCAAGCCAGGAGAUAUGAUUGAAUUCAUUCGUGGAGCCUAUAGUCACUGGGCUAUCUAUGUUGAUAAUGGUUUUGUGAUUCAUCGAUGGGGAGAUCAUGAUGGUAUUGGAAAGUCAGUUGGUUUCUGGGGCAAUUUUCUCACACUUUCCGGUACACAGUUUGAUAAAGCAACUAUUCUUCAAUCAAAAGUAGAUGACGUUCUUGGUUUGGGUGGCAAAGCUCGAAUCAAUAACUAUCGCGAUGGCCAAUGGAAACCAUUAGAGACUGAUGUCAUAUUAGAUAAGGCUCGUCGCGCUCUGAAUAAAGAAGGUUACAAUUUGGUAUACGACAACUGUGAACAUUUUGCAACAGAAUGUCGUUAUGGUCAAGCAAGUAGUCGCCAAGUACAAGUUGCUGUCGGAGCAUCGGCUGCGACUGGUGUGGUAAUAUCGGGUUUAGCACUAGCUGUUGCAUAUCUUUUUAGUAGAUCGCCAGACAAGGAAGAUAAGGAUAAAAAUUCCGAAAAACGCAAAGAUUAA